ACGCGGGUAUCCCGUUAUAGUCGCAGUUGGGGAGCUUUGAGUAACAGAACUCUUAUUCCCCCCAUUGACGGACCAUCACUACGAUCUCUCUCCUCCAGUUCCCAAAAAUAUGUUAAGCUGUGUUCGAUUCCCGUGGCGACACCGAACGUUAUCCUAGGAAGUCAGUGGUUGAAAAGUGAUGUCAUUCCGUGAAACUUCUCGAGAUGGGAAUCGCGCAGUGACAGCGUCGAAAUUAACAGCCGUUUCUGCUGUUAGUGUGGCGAUAGCGCUUGUAAUCUAUCUGUCCCAGAUUGGUGGCGUUCAUGUCGGCAGCGAGUGAAAACUUGUGGGACUGGCGGGGUUUUGGGUUGCACGUCCAGAGACGGUAUCGGAAUCUGUGACACUGUGAAUUUGACACCUAGCUUAGGCAAUCUGCAGUAAUUUCGAGUGUUCUGUGACGUUUUGGAUUCCUGUUGAUAAGAUAUCUUUUGCGUCUGAGAACUGCCAUUCAUCUACAGGAUAUGAAGGACAGGUAGAGGCGUUCCCAACGGCAACAUGGAGGUCGUUGAAACCCUGGUGGCCGUCGCCCUCGGCGUGCUGGCGGCCGUGUUCCUCGGGUCCCUGGCUGCCCUCGCCCUCGUCUGCUACAGGAGAGCCAUGCAGAACAAGCACCAGCUGUUCUCCAAUCCUGACAUGAGAAGCGAGCUCGAGGUAACCGGAGAUGUCUGGAGCGAACUGGAAUUAGACGACGUCCGACUGGCACCUCAGAUAGACAAGAUAUUAAACGAUACCCAGUGGGUCGAUGACGCUACAGGGGUCAUCGCGCACUGCCUGGCCAUCCUGAAACUAUGCCAUCAGAUGACGGAGAGGCUUGUAGCCACGACGAUGACUCCCAUUCACAAGGACCGGCUCCUGGACAUCAUCGAGGUAACACAGCGCCUGUCUCCAAGAAUCGACGACGUCGCUCGAGCGAUGUACCCGCCCCUGGAUCCUCGCCUGCUGGAGGCUCGCUGCUCCGCCCUGGUACUCACGCUCACACUCCUGGCUUGGCACGCUCGCUACUCCACCUCCAACUCGACCGUCACUCUUAUCAAGGAGGCGUUGGCUGACAUGGAUCGACACUUGGCAGUUCUACGGGAGGCAGCAAUGGCGCAUGAGACCUAUCACGGUAUCUUUAACGAAAACGAAAACUGCAAUUCAACGGAGUGUUAAUCAAAUCCUGCGAAAAUAAAGUCUAAACUGUCAUAUUAUUUAAUGGCUAGUGCGGAAUAGGUUUCAAAGAUAGAAACAUAUAUUUCACGAGCAUAUUUCAAAAUCUACGAAAAUGACAGCAUCUCAAAAGCCAUAUGAUAAAUGUCUCUCAGCAAAUUCAUAAUAACGCUUAAAUCUUGAUAAAGGUAAUUAAUUCUGUUAGUUAAGUUGUGUGUGUGUGUGUGUGUUUUUUUUUUUGGAUAUAGUAAAAAGUAUUUACCGGUACAUGAUGUGUGAAUACAAUGCAAGGAAUCGUAAUCUAGUUUAAAGUGAUGAUACUGGCCUCAUUUAUUCAUUAUUAUAGAUAUAUUCAUUGAUAUAAUUCAACAAUUCAUAUCUUUCACUUUUUCAGUUUUCAGAAACAUUGUGUAACGUUUUUUUUUUUAUCUCAUUAGGAUGCCUUUCCCUAUUUUGUGCCAUAUCUAACGUCAUAUGUAUUUACUUCGAUAGACUGGUUAUUAUUUAUAUAUAUAUAUAUAUAUAUAUAUAUAUAUAUAUAUAUAUAUAUAUAUAUAUAUAUA